AUGCCGCGUGGUUUCCUGGUCAAGAGAACGCGCCGAGAAGGUCCCGUCUCUUACCGAGUGAGAACACCUCCAGAAGAAAUACUUCCCAUUGCAGCAUCCCUUCCUUUAAACUAUAGGAAGUUGCCCAAGGUUGGAGGCACCCAAGAGACUCAGGCACCCAUCCAAAGUCCUUCGAGUGCCAUUCCGCUGACCGUUCCACUGAUUGUUCCGCUGACCAUUCCACCGACAGCUUGCCUCCAGCGUGGUCUCCAUUCCGCUUCGCCAGCACCAGCUGAGUCGGUCACAAUACGCACUUCCCAAUCUCCAGGCUCCGGCUCGGCUUGCACGGUCACCAACGGGUUGCCCAAACGAGCGGCUCCGAAAGAAGUCUCGCCCAACGCCGUCGUUGUUUUGCCAGGGGCCUUUGUGUGCCAGCUGUGCCAAGAGUCCUACCCAGGUCCGCUCGCCCUGGCGCAACACUGCUGCUCCCGCAUCGCGAGGGUUGAGUACCGUUGCCACGAGUGCAGCAAGGCUUUCAGCUGCCCGGCCAAUCUGGCCUCUCACCGGCGUUGGCAUAAACCUCGUGGCGGAGGGCAGACGGGGGGCACCAAGGAGAAUGAGAGUCCCGAAGCGGGCCACACUUCCGACGCAGUACCGCGUUCCGGUGUCGCGGAAGGGAACUAUUGUUGCUCUCAUUGCCCCAAGCAGUUCAGACGCCGGGCCUAUCUUUGUAAACAUUUGGCUUUGCACGUCGGGAUGGGACCGUCGGUGCUCUCCGAAAGCCAGUGCCUGCGCAACAAUCUCGCUUGGCCGAAGAAGCCAUUUUGA